CUGUCGAGUAAGCAACGGGAUCCUCAUCUUUUCGAAUUAUGGAAAGGUUAACUUAAUCGAUGCAUUUCAUCGAACAAAACAUUUUAUGAGCAAUCCAAUCCAAUCCAAUUGAUAGAAUAUAGAAAGCUUAAUAAAGAACCAAAGUGGAAAUCGGAUUCUUCUGUUUGGUUUACUUUCAUUUCAUUUUUCUUAUCGGUCCUGUUCUUAGUAAAACACCCUUCACUCUCUCUUUUCUCUCUCUUUUUUCUUCUUUCGGAUUCUUCAAAGCAUUUCUUCGCUGUCACUGAUAAAACCAACUACGGAUAAGGAAAAACAGAUUGGAUUUUGCAGUCUCCAAUCAGAAUUCUACUAAAUCAUUUGCUUUGUGGGUUUCAUUUCGGUGGGGCUAAGAAAGAAUGCAAGCUUCGGCGUUGGUCAAAAGUGGGGUAAGUUGUUCUUCUGGGUUUCAAAACCGAAGGGUUUUAGGGGAAUCUGGAAGGCGUUUGGCUUUGAGAAGCCUUCGAAUGACUAAAAGAAGUGGUUGCUGUGGUUUAAGCUUCGGCUCUGAAACCAUGGAAACUGAGAUGAGACGUAUUCGACAUGGAUUUGAUGGCAUUUCUCGUUCUUCUGCUAAAUAUAAGUCACUCAAGAUCCACGCUCAUGAUGAGGAUAUGGAGGGUGUUGUACCUGCCAAGCCUACUGGCAAAUCUUCUGGAACUGUUCUGCCAUUUGUUGGUGUUGCUUGUUUAGGAGCCAUUUUAUUUGGUUACCAUCUCGGGGUGGUAAAUGGUGCCCUUGAGUACCUCUCAAAGGAUCUUGGAAUUUUGGAAAAUACUGUUGUACAAGGAUGGAUUGUCAGUACACUUCUUAUUGGUGCCACAAUUGGAUCUUUUGUUGGCGGAACAUUGGCUGACAAGUUUGGCAGAACUAGGAGUUUUCAGUUGGAUGCAAUCCCACUUGCAGUAGGAGCAAUUUUAUGUGCUACUGCCCAGAGUGUGCAAACUAUGAUAAUUGGUCGCCUACUCACAGGCCUUGGGAUUGGUAUAUCAUCAGCUAUUGUCCCACUUUACAUAUCUGAGAUCUCUCCCACUGAAAUUCGUGGAACACUGGGAUCUGUGAAUCAACUUUUUAUAUGUGUUGGAAUCCUUACAGCAUUGGUAGCUGGAUUACCUUUGGUAGGAAACCCUGCUUGGUGGAGGACGAUGUUUGGUAUUUCUAUGGUUCCAUCCAUUUUAUUGGCAGUUGGGAUGGCAAUAUCUCCAGAAAGUCCACGUUGGCUUUAUCAGCAAGGAAAACUUCCAGAGGCUGAGAGAGCUAUUAAAACACUCUAUGGAAAAGAGAGAGUAGCAGAAGUUAUUCAAGACUUCACAGCGGCAAGUCAAGGUUCUGUAGAACCUGAAGCAGGGUGGCCUGAUUUGUUUAGUAGCCGCUAUUGGAAGGUUGUUAGCAUUGGUGCUGCACUUUUCUUGUUCCAGCAGUUAUCUGGGAUUAAUGCUGUGGUAUAUUACUCGACUUCAGUAUUUCGUAGUGCUGGAGUUGCUUCUGACAUUGCAGCUAGUGCUCUUGUUGCAGCGGCAAAUGUCUUUGGUACAACUAUCGCAUCGUCUUUGAUGGACCGCCAGGGUCGGAAAAGUCUUUUGACCAUUAGCUUUUGUGGAAUGGCUGCAUCUAUGUGGCUGCUCUCUCUUACCUUCAGUUGGAGUGCGUUGGCUCCCUAUUCCGGCACGCUAGCGGUCCUUGGGACUGUGCUCUACGUAUUAUCAUUCUCACUUGGGGCAGGUCCAGUCCCUGGUCUUCUUUUACCAGAAAUAUUUGCUUCGAGAAUCAGGGCGAAAGCUGUUGCUUUAUCUUUAGGAACUCAUUGGAUCUCAAACUUCUUCAUCGGCCUCUAUUUCCUGAGCUUUGUAAACAAGUUUGGAAUCAGUACAGUGUACUUCGGAUUUGGCUUCGUCUGUUUGCUUGCUGUGUUGUAUGUAGCUCGUAAUAUUGUUGAGACGAAGGGGCGGUCGCUGGAGGAAAUAGAGCAAAUUCUUAGUGCCACAGCUUGAAGGAUUUAAACUAGAAAACGCUUGGCAACAAGUUCGAGCCUAGCUUUGAGUUUCCAUCCACCCACCGUCUGAUGGUAUGGUAUGCCCUUUUGUCUCUGAUUUGUACCAUCAAAUUUCAUUUCUUUUUUUCCUUUUGUGAAUGCUGAUUGUUCAUAUUUGUAGCAUUAGCUGGAAGGAAUUUAGGGACAUUAAUAAAGAACCUUGGGACUUUGUCUUUUUGAACUAUAUAAUUGAAUAAGUUGUGAUUUUGGACAA